GAAUAAGAGACAGUUGAUGAAAAGCAAGAGGAGAUGCAAAUACUGAAAGAUGAAUAACCAGCUUAUCAUUGAAGCCAAGUCUUUGUGUGAGCGUCUGCAGGGAAACAAUUAUGAGGUACUUAUACUUGGUGCCCACAAGCUGGAGGCCUCCAAAUCCUUCUUGGAGGGCACACCACUGGGACGACAGUUUGUGGAGAGCAGUGUUUCCUUGUUAAACAAAUUCACCAGUUUCUGCUAUGAAGGUACAUCUACAGCAACAGAAAAACCCAGACCUGAGUCACAGGCCUCAAAAGGAAAUAUUGUUUAUGGAAACAUCUGUAUCAAGCAAGAGGUUGAAGAUGACUUUGAGCCUCCAUCAGAGGUACCAGAACCUCCCGCUGUAUUUGGACGACAUGGACGUAAAAUUAAAGCUCCAAAAUGGAAGGAGGAUUACUUCUCACCCAAGGCAACUAAAAGGGCUCAGAAAACAGAAGAGGAGGGUGCGUCACCAAAAAAACGUAUGAAGGCAAAUAAUUCAGAUCCAAAGAUGCAAAGUCAAACCAAAGAAUCUUCCAAAAUAGAUGGGAAACUUAGUUCCCAAAGAAAGAACCAAACUGAAAAAGCAAAAUCGCCUAUAGCAAAACCAUUGGAAAGGAAACAGAAGGAAAUACACAAAGUUACAGAGAAGGUAUUGGAAAACACAAAGCAGACAUCGGAAAUUUCGAAACUAUACAUGGCCUACUCAUGUAGUGUUUGUAACAAAAUAUUUAGCAGUCAAGAUGAUGUUGACAAACACGAAAAAACACAUGAGGUUAAGAACUCUUGUCAGUUAUGUUCAGAAGUAUUGCAAAGUGUCGAGGAUCUCUUUUUCCAUUUACAUAAGCAGCACAGUGACAAUUUUUGCUUUUGGUGCAAUAUUUUCAAGGAUAAUACAACAGAGAUGGAAAUGCAUAAAGCAAACUGCACAACAGAGGGAGACUUCAAAAGAAAAUGCCAUUUUUGCGUAAAAGAAUGGCAUUCAAGAAAUGAAUUUGAAGACCAUGUUAUAAACUGGCAUGGGCCAAAAGAUCAGAAGUGUUCUCAAUGUGAAAUAAGUUUUUCCUCCCCAUUAGCUUUAAGUGACCAUGAGAGGGAACAUAAAUUAACAAAGGAAAAUUACUGUGUAGAGUGCAAGAGAGAUUUUUCUUCUUCACAAGACUUCCUUGAUCAUGUUUUGAAAAACCAUAUAUCUGUCUCCUCUGAUACUGCUAAUGAUUCUAAGCCAGAGGCAGAUGAAGGUUCAACAGUAGAUAAAAAUAUUGCUGAAAUCAAGGGAAGUAGUGUUAGAAGUGCUGAAAAUGUUGAGGUCAAUACCAGUGAUUUGUCUGAAGAAAAGGAGAAUGAUUUUAUGUCUGAUGAAAACUUUGGUGGUGAUGAUGAUGAUGAUGAUGAUUAUGUUGUUGAUGAUGGCGAUGAUGAAGAUGAUGAACAAGAUAUGCAGUCCACUCCAUCAGGAAACCAAUUGAAGGUUACUAUAAAGAAAAAGAAGAAAGAAGGUUCAAAACUUACUCCAAAAUCUAGAAAAAAGUCAUUCCCCUGUACAAUUUGUAAGAAAACUUUUAGCAGGCUCUAUUUAAUGCAAAAGCAUGUGAAAACUCAUGAAAAAGUUUAUCUUUAUGUAGAAUGUAGGCUUUGCAAAGAAACAUUCAGUAACAAAUACUUGGAACUGAAGCACUUGUUAGCAAACCAUAAGGAAAUUUUCUGCCUCUGGUGUGAUGCAACUUUUAAAGAUGAAGCCGAGAAGAAAGCACACGACAAUGCCUGUCCUUCCCCAGAUGAAAAUUCUAGGAAAAAGUGUCAUGUUUGUUCCAAGCACUUGGCAAGCAAACUGAAUUUUGAGAACCAUUUCUUCACCAUUCACUGUGGAGAUUUUAAAUGUCAAAUUUGUGGUCAUAUCGCUGUCUCAAAGUACAUGUUUGACCGUCACAUGUGCUCACAUGGGGAAGGUGAAAAGAUGGAGUGUCCAGAAUGCUCAAAGAUGUUUACACGAAAAGAACACCUUGAUAAACAUUUGAGACAGGUACAUAAAGUGACAAAGCCAAAAGUAGUGAAGGAAAUUUUUCCAUGUGAAUGCCAAGUGUGCCAGGCAGGAUUUCACUCUCGAACAGAGCUUGCUGAUCAUAUAAAGGUAUCCCAUAUGGCUGAAAUUGAUGAAAAAAUUAUUGACAAUCCCAAGUUUACCAUCAACUUCCAUGAAGAUCAUUUCAUUUGUAAGAAGUGUGGUAAAAGUUCCACAAAUGAAGAUGAACUGGCAAUUCACAUGGCAAGUCAUCUAGGCAUUAUGAAUAAAAAUGACACUUUCAUUUGUGAUAUAUGCGGGGAGACGUUUCACAAAAAAAAUCUGUUUACAGCUCACAGGGCUCGACAUACAAAUAUCAAGGCAUUUCCUUGUACAAAGUGCAAUAAAAAGUUUCACGUCAGGUCUUCACUGGAGUCCCAUCUGCAGACACAUAGAACCUAUCGCGAUUUCGUGUGUCAUAUCUGUGGCAAUGCUUUCAAAAGUCGUCCUAGUUUAAGGAUGCAUGCAAAGAGACACGAUAUGGAUCGAUGCCAUGUGUGCAAGUAUUGCAAUAGAACAUUUCGGUGUUAUGAUGGCCUUAAGUAUCACUGGGUGGUUUAUCAUCCCGAAGAAGUCAAAAAGAGAAAAUUGACAGUUUUUCCGUGUUCCUAUUGUGACAAGGUUCUUGCCACUAAAACCCAGCAUGCUAGACACAUGGCUAAGCAUGGAGUAGAGAAGAAUCACAGAUGUGAAUUUUGCAACAACAUGUAUUGCACUGUUGCCCAGUUGAAUGCCCACAUUAAAAACACUCACGAACAAAACCGAAAUAUUUACUGUUCUGCAUGUGACCUCUAUUUUCUCAUUCCAUCAAAAAUGCUAAGACACAUGAAAUCUCAUAAGCACAAUGAGAACUGUGCGAAGAAAGGAAUUCAUCCAAGUGCUUUCUACGAACUUCUUGCAAAUAUGGAAAAGGACAUGGUAGAAUCUGUUGAUCUUCAACAGUACAGAGCAGCCAAAAGCAGCACAAAAUACCGAAAACUUUACAAGUCAAUGGGUGGAUUAAGGAAGGAUUUAGAAGUGGAAAAUAAUACAGAUCUCAUGGGCAUGCUACAGAAUGAAGAGACAGUGACCAUAGAUCUUUCUAACGUCCAGUACAUUGAUAACUUGCCAAAAGAAGUUCUAGAAGAGGUGGAGAUUUCUGAUCAAAAUCUGAAGCCAAACACUGAGGUAUUUGUGGUUUAUGAUCAGGGGCCUGAGUCUAGUGGACAAAAUCCCAGAAAUAUGAGUUUAGACGCCCAAGCUGUGGAGACUCUGCAGUCCAUAUUGAAUCUCAGCAAUCAGCAUUAAUUGACCAGCCUAAACAUAUUUAUUGAACUUGAUACUCUUGGUGGAUCUUGAAUUAUUACGGUUUAAAAUUUCUUUAAAAAACACUUUAAAACCAUUAUUGUGAUGCACAAUUCUAAAUAUAUUUGUAUGAAUAUGUAUGUAUUUAUGUACAUUCCUGGAUCAAAAGAAGUGACAUAAUUGCUAUAGUUCAGGAAAUUUGAUAACAUUCAUCAAUUGAUAUAAAUUAGUACUGUAUCAUAUGUAAAACUUUAAUCCGUUGUUCAAAAUCCACUGUGUCUAUUAAUUGUGUAUACUUUUUGACCUCUCUAAAUUUAAGAAUAUGUUCAAAUUGUUGACUUUAAGGACAUAGUUAGAACAUAAGAAGAUAGAUUUUUUUUGUACAGUCUUAAAAAUUUAUAUGGAAGCAUUCUCAUGUAUAAAAAUUUCAUAUUAUUAGAACUGUAGCGAAGAUAUACCACAAUUAUGAUAUCUGUCCAAACUUUUUAAAUUUCUCUCUUUAAAACAUUGUCAUAGAUAGAGUUUGACUGAGUAACAUUCUUUGGCCAUGCCUGUGUUGAGGCUUGAGCGGACAGUUUGAUUGAGUAACAUUGAUUUCUUGGGCCCUCCUGCAUUGAGCAGACUUUAUUUGAUACUCAUUCAUGUCGAUACCCGUAUUUUUUGGAUAAUUUCUUGUUCAUCAUUAAAUGUUCAUACUGAACUUUUUGAGAGUGUUCAAGGUUACAUUUAUUUACAAGUUUUCAGAAAUGAAUUACUCACAGUCUACAUGUAUAUAUUUUUUUGGCCUAAGAUCUACGUUUUAAAUGGUUCAGCUGUUUAUUGAACAUAGGAAAAAGAUUGUGUAACUUGUCAUUGUUUUAAGAAUACAUAUCACAAACAAAAUUUGAUGCACGGUUUGAUAUAUAUUUUUUGACUGAUUUUGAAUGGAAAUGACAGAAAUAAUCAAUCCCUAAAAUAUAAAGAAAUCGUAAGUUUUCUGUGGUGCUUAGAUAUGUGACUUUGUAUCGUUUUCUAUGUAAUUCUAUACAAAAUUUUGCACAUAUUUUGACAUUGUAACAAAAUAUUACAAAAUUCUACCACUUUACUUGGAAAAUAUCAUUCAGGUUAUCUUUUUGAAUAUUAAUUGUUGGUUUAUGAAAAAAAUUUGUGUUAACUAUCCUUAACAUAAUUGAAAAUUUGAACAGAAGUACAUGCAUUUGGAGAUAAACGUGUUGCAUUGGGUCUGUACUGAAAUUUACGCGACCUUAUAUUAAUUAAAGACAGAGAUAUUUGGGCUUCAGAGAUAUUGGGCUUUGAAAGGACAUAACGGUAUAUUUGUAUUUCUUGGAUUCACAGUUGCACACCUAUUGUCUUGCUUUGUCAGAUUAUACAUAAUUUUUCAAUGUAUCUGAUAGGAUUUUAAUGAAUUUGUUCAAAAAUCUGCAUAUACAUGUACUUGACAGUUGUAUUCAACGAUAUUAUGCAAAGUGUUCCAAGUAUUUCCAGUUCAGUAAAUUAAAAGUUACUUUCUCAAUA